GCCGGUGGUUCGAUGCCGAAGUGAGGCUGGACCGGUACUUUUGUACCGGUGGGGCAGAGGCCGGCCUCUAUGCUGCGAGGCCUGGCCGUGCCCUGAACCGUCAAGAUUGACAGUUCAGCCCCAACCGGCGGGCGGCAGCCUCAAGAGCGCCGCCAGGCCCAAACGGUAAUGUCGUUUGGGCCUGCCCGUCGGAUCCGGUCCAAAAUGAGGCCUUUACGGCCUGUAGUACCCCAAGGUGGGGCCUUUAGGCCCUACUGUGUCCCUCUGGCCCUAAGUCGGGUCUGGUAGGGCCCGUGUGACGUCGAAGAUGUAACAUGGGGCCAUGUGGAAAGAAUCCGAAAGACAAAUAUAGGUGCUGCCUACGCAACUCUUGGUGUGUUUCCUCAUUUGAAUUGUCUGACUUUUUCCAUAUUUGCUGCACUAACCUUUUUCGGUUCUAUUGAAUCUAUUCUCUUUUCCAUAUUUGCUCCAUUAACCUCAUGUUUGUGCGGAUGGAAAUGUUUUUGUGAUAUCGAAUGUUUGUGUGGAUGAAAUGUUUUCUGUGACAUUUAUUAUGUAUCCUUCUCUUCAUUCAGUAUGACAUGACGCUCAGUUGCUUCGAGCGGGCAUUGGCAUUGGCAAGUGAUGAUAACAUGGCUGAUGUCUGGUACAACAUUGGGCAAAUAGCAAUAGGCAUUGGAGAUCUUGGCCUGGCAUACCAAUCAUUCAAGAUAGCUGUUGCAAUUGACAACAACCAUUACGACUCAUUCAACAACAUCGGGGUUCUUGAGCUGCGCAAAGGAAACUUGGAGCAAGCUCGGGCAAGCUUCCAGAUCCCGCAGCGAUCAGCGCCAUACAUGUUUGAGCCCUUCUUUAAUGGGGCACUGCUAGCUCAGAAAAUGGGUCAUUUUGAAGAGAGCUUUAACCUGAUAGUGAAGGCCCUCAAGGCUUAUCCUGAGCACACCGACUCCCAGGAGGUCCUCAAGCAAUUGGUGCAUCAGCUUACGCUCCUUUGAUGAUGUUCCGUACCGGCGAAAAAUGACUGUGGUGGUGGUCAAAAUCUUCCAAAAUCACUUUAUCUUGCGCACUGCCAGGACGA